GUGUGCGUGCGCAUGCGCGGACCGCGGCGCGCGGUUGUUGGGCCGCUGGCUGUGAGGCCCAGCGAUCCGCUGCGUCUCCACAAGCAGACCGCUGUGAGUCGCGAGGCGUCGUGAACACCCGGAUUCCAGCGGGCGCUUGCGAGCACAGGGGCAUUGCCCGCAGCGGCCGAGCUCAUGGCCAGCUGAGCGGGACGCCGCCGCCGCCUCAGCCACCGCCGCCGCCGCCGCCGCCUCUUCCUCCUCAGCCGGCGGCGGCCCGGGCCCAGCAGCCAUGGCCGAAGACUACUGGGACAGGCGCCUGCGGCGAACUGGAGGAAAAGGAGGUCGUGCGGCCUUAUCCCGGGCCGCCGCCCCAGGCGCCACCGCGCCGGCCCCGCGGCCCUGAGGUUACUCGCGCGCCCCCUCCGGUCGCCAUGGAUCGGAUGAAGAAGAUCAAACGGCAGCUGUCAAUGACACUCCGAGGGGGCCGAGGCAUAGACAAGACCAAUGGUGGCCCUGAGCCUUUAGGCCUGCAUGAGAGUGGUGGUGGUGGUGGAAGUGAUUUUGGAGAGGCCCCCAUCCGUGUUGCCGCAGGAGAGCUUCACCCUGGUCGGGGCCCACUAAACUCUGCACCAGAGAUUGUACACGAGGACAUGAAGAUGGGGUCUGAUGGGGAGAGUGACCAGGCUUCAGCCACAUCCUCAGAUGAGGUGCAGUCUCCAGUGAGAGUACGCAUGCGCAACCACCCCCCACGCAAGAUCUCCACUGAGGACAUCAACAAACGCCUGUCACUACCAGCUGACAUCCGGCUGCCUGAGGGCUACCUUGAGAAGCUGACCCUCAAUAGCCCCAUCUUUGAUAAGCCUCUUAGCCGCCGCCUCCGCCGUGUCAGCCUGUCUGAGAUUGGCUUUGGAAAACUGGAGACCUACAUCAAGCUGGACAAGCUAGGUGAGGGUACCUAUGCCACUGUCUACAAGGGAAAAAGCAAGCUCACAGACAACCUUGUGGCACUCAAGGAAAUUAGGCUGGAACACGAAGAAGGAGCACCCUGCACUGCUAUCCGGGAAGUAUCCCUGCUCAAGGACCUCAAGCAUGCCAACAUCGUCACACUACAUGACAUUAUCCACACAGACAAGUCCCUCACCCUUGUCUUUGAAUAUUUGGACAAGGACCUGAAGCAGUACCUGGAUGACUGUGGGAAUGUCAUCAACAUGCACAAUGUGAAACUGUUCCUGUUCCAGUUGCUUCGUGGCCUGGCCUACUGCCACAGGCAGAAGGUGCUACAUCGAGACCUCAAGCCCCAGAACCUACUCAUCAACGAGAGGGGAGAGCUCAAACUGGCAGACUUUGGCCUGGCUCGUGCCAAGUCAAUUCCUACUAAAACAUACUCCAACGAAGUUGUGACACUAUGGUACCGGCCCCCUGACAUCCUCCUUGGAUCCACAGACUACUCCACCCAAAUUGACAUGUGGGGUGUGGGCUGUAUCUUCUAUGAGAUGGCCACAGGUCGGCCCCUCUUCCCAGGCUCCACAGUGGAGGAACAGCUGCACUUCAUCUUUCGCAUUUUGGGAACCCCAACUGAGGAGACAUGGCCAGGCAUCCUUUCCAAUGAGGAGUUUAGAACACACAACUACCCCAAGUACCGAGCUGAGGCCCUUCUGAGCCAUGCACCCCGACUUGAUAGCGAUGGAGCUGACCUCCUCACAAAGCUGCUGCAGUUUGAGGGUCGCAAUCGGAUCUCUGCUGAGGAUGCCAUGAAACAUCCAUUCUUCCUCAGCCUGGGGGAGCGGAUCCACAAACUUCCUGACACUACUUCCAUAUUUGCACUAAAGGAGGUACAGCUACAAAGGGAGGCCAACAUUCGGUCUUCUAUGCCUGACUCCGGCAGGCCAGCUUUUUGUGUGGUGGAUACCGAGUUCUAAGCCAAGUUCUAAGCCACAGACCAAGGCCCCAGCAGGCAGCGGCUGGAGGGAUGCCACACCUCUCACAGGGCAGCCCCAUCUGCAAUCCUCCCUGCUUGUUGCCUGCUUACCUGCCUGAGGCACACUCUCUUACCAACUUGUCCCCCUGCCACCUGCCCAAACACCCAGCCACUGGCCUGUCAACCCAACCAUUGGCCUGUCUGCUGGGUGCUAACAAAGCUCUCACCACUA